AGUUUUCUCUUUUUUUUUUUUUCUCAUUUUUCUAUUCUUCAACAUGGUAAUGUUGUCAUUUCGAAUGUAUGCAUUGUUCAUUGAAACUUUACAUUAGCCACCCAAAGGGCUUUCUCUUGACGAGAAACGUAAAAGAAUUCAAAAGAUAUUUCACGAAUCGGGUGAAUUUUAUCAGUUAAAAGACAUUGAAAAAAUAGGCCCUAAAAAGGGUGUUGGUAUGUUGUAUACAGAGAAUUAGUUCAUGCUGAGACCUAUUGUUCAUAUAGUUGCACAGUCUGUAAAGGACGUCUUGAUGAGUUUAGUGGAUGAUGGUUUAGUGACAAUGGAUAAAAUUGGUACUUCGAAUUAUUUUUGGUCCUAUCCAUCUGCUGCCCUCCAAUCGAGUAAAAACAAGUUUAAAGAUUUACAAGCUAGUCUAGAGAAAGAAAAGGCAAAGCAUCAAAGACUACAAGACGAAAUUGAAGAAGCCAAGGAGACAAGAGAAGAUACAGAUGAGCGAGCUGAAUUAUUAAAAGAAUUGGCAGAAUUAAAGGCAAAAAAUAAAGAAUUGAUGAAUGAGUUACAGAAAUAUAAAGAAAAUGAUCCUGUCUUGUUUGAAAAGAAAGAAAAAGCAGCCGCUAUAGCUAAAGAAGCAGCCAAUCGAUGGACAGAAAGCAUUUGGGAAAUAGAAUCCUAUUGCGUUAAAAAGUUUAAUAUGGAUCGUACUGCAUUUGAACAAAAUUUUGGUAUUCCUGAAGACUUUGAUGUGCUGAAUUAAAAAUAAAGGCACCCAAAAAAAAGGGUAUCCAGAUGUAUUUAUCACACAGGGAACCAUU